AACCCAAUGACUUAGACCCACAGUGCCUGAGUGAAAGAGAAGAGAAAGAGAGUGAAGGAGAAAGAGGGACAGACUUUCUCUACCUGUGUGAAUCAGUAACUGGGAGCUAUAGCAAAGAACUACAACAUAUCAGCUUUCACUGGACUGUGUUUUUCCAUUGGAUUACAAACAACAGGUUAUUUCACUGAACACUCAACUAGGGCAAAAAUGAAGCUUCUAUUGGCCAUAGCAGUGGUGCUCCUCCUUGUGGUGAUGGAAGGUAUGGCAGCCAGAGGCACUUCUAGGAGGACCAAGAGGGAGCUGAUGAGCCCACUGCACAUGGGGGGCAUCAGAGACCCGUUUGGGUCCUACUGCGAGCGGCGGGGGGGCUGCUGUCCGGGCCGGGACGACCAGUGUACCGUGCCUUAUCUGGACACCAUCUGUUACUGCGACCUGUUCUGUAACCGGACCGUCUCUGACUGUUGCCCCGAUUUCUGGGGUCACUGUCUGGGCAUCUCACCCCCUUUCAUUGGGACGUGUGAAAGAAAUGGCCACAAAUUCCUCUCUGGACAAACAUACAAAGACAACUGUAACUUAUGUACAUGUGGAACAACCGGCCGUUGGGAAUGUGAGCAACAGGCGUGUCUGAUAGAGAGGGACCUGAUACAGGGUGUCAACAGAGGAAACUAUGGCUGGCGUGCAGCCAACUACAGUCAGUUCUAUGGCAUGUCUCUGGACGAGGGCCUGAGGUACCGCCUGGGGACACAGAGGCCAUCCAGGACCAUCAUGAACAUGAACGAGAUGCAGAUGAAUAUGGAUUCUCAGAACGACCAUAUACCUCAGUACUUCAAUGCAGCAGAGAAGUGGCCCGGAAAGAUCCACGAACCCCUCGACCAAGGCAACUGUGCAGCCUCCUGGGCAUUCUCUACUGCAGCGGUGGCGUCAGAUCGAAUCUCUAUCCAAUCUAUGGGUCACAUGACCCCACAGCUGUCGCCCCAGAAUCUAAUUUCCUGUGACACACGCAACCAAGGGGGCUGUGCAGGAGGACGUAUCGAUGGAGCCUGGUGGUAUCUGAGACGUAGAGGUGUUGUGACAGAGGAGUGCUACCCAUUCUCUGCCCCCCAGCAGACGCCAGCAGAGGUUGGCCGCUGUAUGAUGCAGAGUCGCUCUGUGGGACGAGGGAAGAGACAGGCUACAGCACGCUGCCCAAGCACACAUACGUACCACAACGACAUCUACCAAUCAACACCUCCUUACAGGCUAUCAUCAAAUGAGAAGGAGAUCAUGAAGGAGAUUAUGAAUAACGGCCCAGUGCAAGCCAUUCUGGAGGUUCAUGAGGACUUCUUCGUCUACAAGAGUGGGAUCUACAAGCACACAGACGUCAGCUCCACCAAACCACCACACCACCGCAAACACAACACACACUCCGUCAGGAUCAUAGGAUGGGGAGAGGAGAGGAACUAUGAUGGGACAAUGAAGAAGUACUGGAUUGCUGCCAACUCAUGGGGGAAGAACUGGGGAGAGAACGGCUACUUCCGAAUUGCCCGCGGGGAGAAUGAGUGUGAGAUUGAGGCGUUUGUGAUCGGCGUGUGGGGCCGGGUCACUAUGGAAGACAUGCAGAACCAUCACCACCAUAACCGACGCAAGUAGAGACAGACUCUAAGAACCCAGCAUCCAUGGAGACCCCGCCCUCUUACCCUCCCUAGCCUGGGAGAAUGACACAACCAUCCCCAAAACACCCACCCUCUUACCCUCCCUAGCCUGGGAGAACGACACAACCAUCCCCAAAACACCCACCCUCUUACCCUCCCUAGC